CGCCCACUCGCUUGCAUGUGAAAAGCGGACAUCACCAACACGAUGAGCGAGGUUGAGGAUGCUUAUGGUGGCGUGUACGAAGACGUGUUGGAGAGUGACUCAGACACAGACUCGGACGCCUCAUUGGAUGAGCUGCCAGCGGAGUGGCCGCCCGCAUAUGCUCGUACAGAAACGGGCGAGGGAAGUGACAGCGAUACGCAGGAUGCAGAGACACGCACGCCACAGCAGGAGGAAGAGGAUGGACCCGUAGCGGAGGAGGUUAAGGCGAGCGCACAAGGCAAGAACGACGAAGCCGUGCUCGCGUCGAAGGUGGUCGGACGGGAUGAUGCGGCGAAUGCCAGUGGGCAGGCAGUGAGGGAAGGCGACGACGAUGCAAGUACGAAGGCAACAGGCGCCAGCAACACAGACACCGAUACCGCCGAGGACAGCAAGGAGCAGGUCAACGCUGACGAUGCUCAAGAUGCUGAAGCUGGUGGAGAUGCUGUUGACCCGUCAUCCAAAUGGAAGGACAUCCUUGCCCGCUGCCGCGCUCUCGGGCUUCCAACUGAGGCGAACGUAUCUGAGUACGACCGCACCCUCAUCCACUGCACCUUGCGCAUGCAAGACCACAAGACAGGUGCGACAACCAAGACGGCCGUGGUGCGUUCAUUGAAGGAUAUGGAGGGUGUGUUGAAGCAGGUCGAAGAUCACUACUCCCCUGCAGGAUGGACGCUUGUGUGGUGCGAAGACCUCUCACGGCACUAUUACAUCAACAAGGACACAGGGGCAACGAGUUGGGAGGUCCCUUCAUCGUCAACACAAGCGAGUACUGACGGGAGCUCACAACCUGCGGCGAAACGCAGCAAGCGCGCCGACGUCGCCGUCAUGCCACGCUCUCGUCGCUCGGCCAAGAAGCUGGCGUCCAUCUUCAAGCAGUGGCAAUCGUCCUAAUGUGGUGAACGCAUCCAGCUCAAGAUGCUGUCUCUCUAUCGUAACAGAUCCCCUCGCCCUUCCCCCUUUCCACCCGCGUGUGUUUCUUGCUUUUGCUCAUCAUAAAUGCCUCACACCCAGA